UUUGUGGAUUAAGCUGUUUUGCAAAACAGCUUCUCAGCUGUUAGUUUUGUCAAACAGGGAGGCAUGGCGAGUUGGGAAAGAGGGAGGGAGAGUAGAGGAGAUAGAGAAUGUAGACAUAUUGAAUGUAAAUAUACAAGUAAUUUGAGAUGAAUCAGUAGAGUAUGGUUGGUAUGUUUUCAUUACUGCUGCUACAACUGCGCAUAAAAGCAUGUGCAAUGCAUUAUGUAUUUAGCACAUGAACCCUAAACUUUUAUUCGCUGAGAAGAGAUGAAAUGGACACUCAGAGUUAAAUAUAAACAAAUUGAGCUACUGCUGCUGCUGCUUUUGUACAUGGGCUCCCUGGAGUUGACUGUAGCACUGCUUAUGGAAACACAGCUCUUUGCUGACACCUCGUUAGCAAGCUGAGGCUGCGCAAGUCAUGGAUUCCUGUUGAUUAACAUGAAACUGCUUUUUGGAAGGACCUUUCUGAAUGAGAUGGAGAGAUGGAAGGAAUGCCGAAGAUGACAGAGGAUCAUGGGGGCAGUAAGGGAGAUGUGUGGAGAGAUACAGUGAUAGAUCUGAAUGAUGGAUACCCCUGGAGACAGAUGGAUACAUACAGAGACUUUGAUCUUUCCAGGGAUGCCAACAGGAGAGUGGGGAGAGAGAGAGCGAGAGAAUGGUCGAGAGAGAGGGGGUAAAGGAAGGGGCUGCAGUAUUAAUGGACAAACUGAAGGGGACAGACGCAUCACUCAAUCAAAAUUACGGAUACACACACAUGAAUCUGCAACGUAUAAGCUAUGUCUUGAAUAUACAUUUGUACUAACAGAGAGAGUUAUUGCAGGCAUUCAUUACACAGUUAUAAUAAUACGGUCAAAUGACAAGAAGCCAAGCAGAGAGAAGAGGAAAACAUAGAUGCUGACAGACUGAGAAAAAUCAAGAGAUAUUUGGAAAAGCUCCACCAUGACAAUUACCAACUGUAUAUAUGAAUUCAAGAAUUGUUUGGACAAAAGCCACACAAGAACAUCACAUCCCUAUAAUACACAGAAUCAAAACUAAGGCAGCUGCAAGACAGUUGGAUGCGUUAUGUCAUCUAACAGCCCAGUCAUUGCCAUCACUUCAGACCGCAGAUCAUUUCAAGGUCGUCAAGCUUCUGGGAGAGGGAUCAUAUGGCAAGGUCAUGCUGGCCGUUCACAAGAAGACAGGUUCUCCAAUGGCCAUGAAGUUCUUUCCCAGAGGGUCCACCUCUCUAAUCUCAUUCUUACGAGAGUACAACCUCUCUCUUGCUUUCUGCACCCACCCAUCACUCACGAAGGCUUUGGGAAUUGUCUACUCCACCCCCUUACACUACGUCUUUGCCCAGCAAGCUGGACUGCAUGGAGACCUGUAUGACGUCAUCAUCCCAGAGGUCGGCAUGGCAGAGGAGAAGGUGCAAAGGGUGGUGUCACAGCUGAGCGGAGCGCUGUCUCAUCUUCACUCCCUGGGAUUCGUCCACAGGGACGUGAAACCUGAGAACAUUUUCCUGUGUGACCAGACCUGCCAGUGGGUCAAACUGGGUGACUUUGGGAUGGCCAAACCCAAGGGUGCGCGGAUCACAGGGUUUUGGUAUGAUUCUCCGUACUGCGUACCGGAAGUGGAGAUGGCGAAGGGCAGGAAGUCAAAAGGAAAGAGCACAACGGGCAAGGGAGCAAAAGGGAUGGGGGUAGCAGCUGGUAAAAACACGGGGAGUAAGGGAGGAGUGGCAGAGAAGAACACAUUUUGGGUGUCAGUAGAUGUGGGUAUAGACAGCUGGGCCCUAGGAAUCCUGAUCUACUCCAUGCUGACCGGGUCUUAUCCUUGGAGAGAAACCUCCUCAGAUGAUCCUGGAUACAGAAAAUACACAGAGUGGUUGGACAGUGAAAGAGACAGACAGGGAGAGAGGGGGGAGGAAAUCAAGUGGAAAGGGCAGGAUUUGGGGAGGUCGGGGUGGAGUAAUGAAGGUGAGAGUCUAGAAUGCGGUCCCGUACCUCCCCAGUUUGCAGUCUUCACCCCACUGGCCUGCAGCCUCUUCCAAGGGCUGCUCUGCCCACAGCCCAGCCUGAGGUCCAUACCUGAGGAUGUACUCAAAUACCUUGGAGGCACCUGGCUACUCAUGAAAGGAGAGGUGGAAAAAAAAUUGAGCGAGAAAGGAACAGAGAUAGAGAAAGAAAAAGGAGGUAGAACAUAGGGUUAUGCUCAUUGCAUUACAUAAAAAUGACCUGAGGGAAGAUGGGAAGAAACACAAUAUGAGGAAGGUAGGGGAGGGAGGGAGAUGGAUGUAGUCAUGGCUGUAUUAGCCAAUAUUUGUUGCUUUUUUGGUGUCCAUCUAUAGUACAUAAAUUCAGUUUCUGAAAUAAGAUUUUACUGUUAAUUUCUUCUUCUUUUUUUUGCUUUCAUCCUUUAAGUAAUCAUUCCCAUUUUGUCCCCUGACAUUACAAGAACUAUUUUACCACAGUCGUGGGUUAAAUCUUUUAUAUAUAUUUUAUGUCUGCACGUCUAUGUUCAAAUCCAUUACAAGGAUGAUUUAGAUUGUAUUAUUGAUUAUUGUCAACAUAUUUAUGGUUUCAUAUUAUAAUUCAUGGUAUGUUUGAUUUACAGAUUGUAUUGAUGACCGAUUAGCACAUGUUUAUAACAUCAUCCCUAUGAUGUUUUUAUAAUGGAAGGACCUUAGAACUAACAUAAAUCUCUAACAAAGAGCUGUCAAACAUUAAAUGUUGCCAUCUGUAAAUAAAU